AUGAGCUCUUGUCUCCCUCUGGCAGCCGACAACCUGCUGUGCGCGCUCCACUUCACCACGCUCUUCGCCCUCGCUGCUAGCAUUCCGGCGGAGGGGGAGGGAGCUCUCGCAGCCAACAAUCUGCUGCUGCUGUGUGCGCUCUUGAGAAUUCUCAAAAGUCUCACGAAUGCGCUCCACUUCACCAACACUCUGUUCGCUCUCGCUGCCAACACUCAGCCCUCGUUUGACGUGUCAGCAGCAGCCACCGCCCUAGCCCUCGCAGCUUCCCUCUGCUGGCUCGGCUCGGCUCUCGCAAAGAAGCUGGCCUUCGUUGGAGGCACCAUCCCUUGCGUCACGGCGCUCGUGCUGGCCUUCGCUACAAUCACACCCAGUUUUGCCGCCCCUCUGGUGGUCCCUGGGGAGAAAAUGGCUGCUCUCAUGCUACAGGUCUUCUUUGCGUCUAUAGGAGCCAACGGCAACCUCUCCGCCAUCCUCUCAUCAGCCCCCUCUCUCUUCCUCUUCAUCCUCCUCCAACUCUCCCUCCACCUCCUCUUCACCCUCUCCCUAGGCCGCCUCCUCUCCUUCCCUCUAAAGCACCUCCUCAUCUCCUCCAAUGCCAACGUGGGAGGCCCAACCACAGCAGCCGGCAUGGCUGCUGCUAAAGGCUGGCGCUCUCUUACCGUCCCCGCUAUCUUGGUGUUUUCUAGGGAUGCACCCGCUCUAAAGCACCUCCUCAUCUCCUCCAAUGCCAACGUGGGAGGCCCAACCACAGCAGCCGGCAUGGCUGCUGCUAAAGGCUGGCGCUCCCUUACAGUCCCCGCUAUACUGGUUGGAAUAUUCGGGGAUGCUACAGCUACGCUCCUGUUGUAG